CUAAGCCACUGAAGCAACAUAGUUUUGAUCCAUUGGUGGUUUCUGCCACCUUGGUUUUCAGGAUCAUGUUUAGCACUUUAGCCCUCAUCACAGCCUCACCUUGUUUUGGCACAGUUGAGGUUGUAAGAAAAUUAAUUUGGUAGGGUUUGGGAUUGACUCGUGAAGAAGGAAUCAGGUGUCUGUGUUUCAAUGAACCCAGGAUUGGAUUUCAAAAUUCAUGAGGCUGCUCAAAGUAGUUUGAAACAUGCCCAUCACCUGUUUGGUUGUGUAUCUGAGAAUAAACAAAAGAGAAGUGUUCAAGAAGUAAGCUUGAUUGCUCAAGAUGCAGUGGAAGAAUUCAGAAAACUACUUGCUCUCCUUGAUGGAUCAUUGUUAUCAAACCAGAAGAGGAUCAGAAGAGGUCCUUUGCCAAAAUCCCAUGACAUAAACCAGGUUGAACUGUUGGACUCUCCUAACCCUUCAUCCCAAAAUACUACACACAAUUGGCCUCAGCCUCAUCCCCAGCCCCAGCCUCAGAAUUGCUUGGUUAGACAGUUUUUUAGUGCUGUUCAUCAAAGUGAUCAAGCAACUGCAAAUGUGAUCCACAGUAAUAGCUUUAGCAUGGGUAGAGAGAAAAAACCAAACCCGGCAUUGCAGCAAGGGCAAUCUGAAGCCGGUGUGGUUCUUCCUAAUAAUUUAAUCAUGGGGUUGAACCAAUUCUCACAAAAGCCUACUAGCACUUCUUUGAUCAGUAUGGAUGGAAGUAGCCUUAACACGCGGAUGAUUCAAUAUUCUUCGUCUGAACUCUUGGCUUCUCGAGAUUGUACCUCUAUGUUUUCUUCCAAAACGAAGUGUGGGGCGAAAAGUGAAGAAGUCACUCCAAGAUGCCUAGUCUCUGCUGGUGGAUGCCAUUGCUCAAAGCGAAGGAAACUUAGAAUAAAGAGAAGAAUCCGAGUUCCGGCUUUAAGCAAUAAGCUAGCUGAUAUACCUCCUGAUGACUAUACCUGGAGGAAGUAUGGGCAGAAACCUAUUAAAGGGUCUCCAUAUCCUAGGAGUUAUUACAAAUGCAGCAGUGUGAGGGGAUGCCCUGCAAGAAAGCAUGUCGAACGAUGCUUGGAAGAUCCUACCAUGUUGGUUGUUACAUAUGAAGGCGACCAUCAACACCCGAAGAUUACAUUUCAAGCACCUACACUUGCGAUUUAAGUUAACCGGUAUAAUAAAUCCAAUGGAUGCCAACAUUUCAGAGCUUGAACUGGUUUUGCAGUGUUAGCUUCUCUUCUGUCCUAAAAACUGUUAAAAUUGUAUCUUGUAAGUGUAAACUAGUCCUCUGUUUUUCCCCCUUUUUUUUCUUUCUCUUAAUUUCCUAGUUUGUCCUGCUUCUGGUAUGUAAUUGAGUCUUCAAUAAUGCUUUUGUCAGAUCAUUGUAUACAUUCUCUUUAAUGAUAUAUGUUGACGUGAGUAUUCUAAUUAAUCAAGGAGAUUUACUUCCUUGAUUAAUUAAGGGAUUUGCUUUCCUA